UGUGUGCGGGAUGCUACGUCAAGGCGUUUGUGGGAGUAGGUCGCUCGUCGUUAGAAGCCAAAACGCAGCGUUGCCCAAUAUCAGCGCUCGUACGCUCAAGAGAUGCAACAGCACUAUGGUUGCCACACAGGCCAGGCCGGAGGAGUGGGAUUACGCCAAGCCAUUUGAAGACAUGCCAGGACCAAAGCCGUUGCCUAUCAUAGGGAAUACCUGGAGAUUUAUCCCACAUAUUGGUGAUCUUUAUCGACUAAGGGAAGAAAGCUACCACAGAGACCUCUACGAAAAGUAUGGGAAAAUCAUGAAAAUCACUGGAAUCCCAGGGGUUAAAAAUAUAGUGAUAGUCUUCGAUCCUGACGACAUUGAAAAGGUGUUCAGGAACGAAGGUCCGUGGCCGAUCAGGGAAACAGCAAAAAGUAUAACAUAUUAUCGUUUGUUUACAAGAAAAGAUAUCUUCCAAGGCGUUGGAGGAGUGAUUGUAACUCAAGGUGAAACGUGGCAGAAGUUCAGAUCGAAAGUGAAUCACACAAUGAUGCAGCCGAAGUCAACUAAACUUUAUGUGGCGCCCAUCGAUUCCGUUGCCAACGAUUUCUUGAAGAGAAUCAGACUGAUAAGAGACGAAAACUUGGAAAUGCCUGAUGAUUUCGCCAACGAACUCUGCAAAUGGGGAUUCGAGUCCAUUGUGUAUAUUGCUCUGGACACGCGCCUGGGCUGCCUGGAUGCAGAUCUUGCACCGGACUCAGAGCCUCAAAAGAUGAUAAACUAUACACAAGUACAGUUCGAAUGUGUGCACAAAUUGGAGACUAAGUUCCCGGUGUGGAAAUACGUGAGCACACCAACAUGGCGGAAAUUUGUGAAAGCCUCAGAUGUGUGUGCUGAAUUCAGCCUGAAGUACAUCAACCAGGCUAUGGAGCGGCUCAAGGCCAUGACAGAGGUCCCUGACAGGGAACUGACUGUCUUGGAGAAGUUGUUGAUCACAGACCCCGAUCCCAAGACCGCGAUGGUCAUGGCACUGGACAUGAUGGAGGCCGGUAUUGAUACGGUAACGAACUCCAUAAAGAGUCCCUCGAGAGUUGUUAAUGAUUGCGUUAGUUGGUAAAGAGAUUCUGGGACUACAUUUGAAUCCAUAUAACGCUUACACUCUGCUGAAAAUCUAACCGCCUAACUCUUUCAUGGAUCAGAAGAAUCCAUUGCACUUUCGCCCACUCUAUUUAUUUGAGAUCAAUUCUGAUGAUUGUUUUCAAACCAUCUAUGCCUCAGAUUCCUA